UUUACUUGAUCUUAAUUAUGUAAUAGAGUAAGAAAAUAUUAUUAGAGACUUUAUGUAGUGCACUAUGUAGGAAGUAGUGAGCGGUUUGGAACACCGCCUCCUUGUUUCAUUCUGUAGCGGUGCUGGUGUUUGUGUAGAAGCUGAGCCGGUAUGACUGAACACAAAACCAAUAAAGAGCAGAGAUAUGAUCGACAGCUCAGGUUAUGGGGAGAUCAUGGUCAGGAUGCUCUUGAAAGCGGACAUGUGUGUCUGAUAAACGCCACAGCAACCGGCACAGAGAUCCUGAAGAACCUUGUGUUACCUGGUAUCGGUGCUUUUACUAUAGUUGAUGGACAUAAAGUGACUGGAGAGGAUGUUGGGAACAACUUCUUUCUCAGCAUUGACAGUAUUGGUAAGAGCCGAGCUCAAGCAGCGACUGAGUUACUGCAGGAACUGAACAGUGAUGUUUCAGGAAACUUUGUGGAGGAUGAUGCUGAAAAAUUGCUGGAGAACGAUCCAGAGUUUUUCAACAGAUUCACUUUGGUCAUUAGUGUUCAGCUUCCAGAAAGUGUCUGUUUAAGAUUGGCGUGUGUGUUAUGGAAUGCCAGUGUGCCUUUCCUGGUCUGCAGAGCAUAUGGACUUGUCGGCUACAUAAGACUUGCAGUGAAGGAACACACAGUGGUGGAGUCUCACCCAGACAGUGCACUGGAGGAUCUCAGAUUGGACGCUCCAUUCACAGAGCUGAAAAAUCAUAUAAACUCCUACGAACUGGACUCCAUGGACAAAAAGGAUCACAGUCACACACCAUGGAUCAUCAUCAUCGCUAAAUAUCUGGAGAAGUGGUACAGUGAGCACGACCUUCAAUUGCCAAAAAAUUAUAAAGAGAAGGAGGCGUUCAGACAGCUGAUUAGAGACGGGAUUCGAAAGAAUGAAAACGGUGCUCCAGAAGAGGAGGAAAACUUUGAUGAAGCCAUUAAGAAUGUCAACACGGCGCUAAACCCCACUAAGAUCUGCAGCAACGUGGAGGAGAUCUUCAGUUCUGAGCUGUGUGAGAACAUCACCUCACAGACCCCAGCUUUUUGGUUGAAGGCACGUGGUGUGAGGGAUUUUGUACAGAAUGAGGGGGACGGGAAACUCCCUCUGCGCGGCACCAUCCCAGAUAUGAUCUCUGACUCAGAUAAAUUCAUCAACCUGCAAAAUGUUUACAGGGAGAAGGCAAUGCAGGAUGCUGCUGUUGUAGCCAAACACAUUGAGUCUCAUCUGCAGAAUGUUGGGAAGGGGGGUGCGGGUCUUGUCAUGCUGAAGCCGCCAGAAAGCAUCUCCGAGUCGGACAUCAGACUGUUCUGUAAGAAUUCAGCGUUCCUGAGGGUUCUCCACUGCAGAUCUCUCUCUGAAGAAUACGGUCUGGAAACUAUUAACAAAGAUGAGAUCACUUCCUGUAUGGAUAAUCCUGACAGUGAGAUGGUUCUUUAUCUCAUGCUGCGUUCUGUUGAUCGUUUCUACCAGCAGCACUCCAGAUACCCAGGUGUGUAUAAUUACCAGGUGGAAGAGGAUAUCAGCAGGCUGAAGAUAUGUGUGAACAGUCUGCUGCAGGAGUACUCGCUCAACGUCAACGUUAAAGAUGACUACAUCCACGAGUUUUGCCGUUAUGGAGCUGCAGAGCCACACACAGUCGCAGCAUUACUGGGAGGAACCGCAGCUCAGGAAGCCAUCAAAAUCAUCACACACCAGUUUGUGCCAUUUAACAACACAUUCAUCUACAAUGCCAUGGCUCAGACGUCAGCCACCUUCCAGCUCUGAGACUGUAAAUUCGCUCGUGUGUGUAUUUUAUUUAGCACGAUGUAGUCAUUACUGUGUUCUUAAUGUUACUGUUCAUCGUUAAACACUGCACCAGUAAUAAAUACUGACUCGAAUAAAUUA